UGAAGUACCGGAAGUCACUGUUUUCGGUUGUUAGUCGUUGCUAGCUUCAUGCGUAGCACGCGUUUUGUCGGUGUUGAUACCUUGGAGUCUGGGUGACAUAAACCGGAAUUUAAAUUCAUGAAAAUGCCAUCCAACACCACAACUGAUCAGUCCCUCCUUGCCACAGAGAUGGAUGCAGAAGAUUUCUACAGUCAAAUUCUACUUCAGACAGGCAGCUCAAGAGAUGCAGAGUCAGGCAGCAACUGCAGACCCUGGAUCAAAACAGAUCAGACCAGAGCCGGGUUUGUGUGUGAAGACAAAGUGCAGUGAUGGUGGGAAGGUGUUUGUCAAUGUGUGUCAGUCUUCACAGGUUCCUGCUCCUCCUCCCUUGUCCGAGGCUGAACUUAUCCAGCUGCUCGAAUCAGAUGAUCCAUCCAGCUUUAGGGUUCCCAUGAGUCUCGGAGAACCACAUGCAGAAGUUGACAACAGUUCACAAGGCUGCACUGCAUAUGAUGUUGUGAUAAAUUCUGACUUUUUUCAGAAAGCAAAGUGUAAUAAACUUUUCCUUGAGUUUAUCAUUGCUGUGUGCUUGGAAGGUCUGGAAAUCAAAUACAACAUACUUCUAUCAAGAGAAUGGAAACUGUUGAAAAAUCGCAAGUUUCUGGGCAACAUCUCGGAGCAGCAUAUACGAACCAAAUCUAAGCCAGUCAUUCAGGAAAUUGGCUCUGAGUCACCUCAGAUCUCAGAUGGAAAUAGUUUAGGAGAGAAACCUCACUUAACCCUCACUGUAGAGCCAUGUAUUGGAGACCCACAGCAUCUCAUUGCAGAAAUAAAACUUCCAAAAGUGUCUUCCUCCCGCUCCCUUAUUCUUGACCUGGGAGAGGACAGGAUAGUAUUGUCCGCUCAGCCAUCUCUUUACCAUAUGGACUGCUAUCUUCCAUUCUUAAUUGAUCAGGAAAACAGUCAAGCUCAGUUUUACAAGACAAGUAAGGUUCUGAAAAUAAAGAUGCCUGUUGUGUCAUCGGUGGAGUAACCAGAGCAGAUGAGAAUGCAGUUCCAGUUGGAUAUUAGGGUGAGAGUUCUGUCCAUGAACCAAGAAGAGGGAUGAACUUCAGCAGCAUGUUUACUGUAAAUCUACAUAUUUUUGCACAAAUAAAUGUACAUAUGGUUUUUACUUUA